CCCCCCUGCCCUCCCGAUGCCCGGGCCGCGGCAUGGGUCAGCUGCAGCGCUGCCUGGCGCGCGGGGAGUACGGGCAGCUGCAGGAGUGCCCGCUCUUCGAGAGUGACUUCCUCCAGGUGACCAAGAGUGGGGACGUGGCCAACAGGGUGACCCUGGGCAUCGCCGCCACCAGCCCCCGCCUGGAGCUGCCCAACCUCCUGCUGCUGGCGCGGCCUGUCCUGGCACCCGCGGAGGUCGAGCUCUUUGGGCUGCUGCCCCUGCGCUUCGUGCGGCUCUCCAUCCACGACGAACUGCGGCACCGGCUCAAGGUGCGUCUGGCCUCGGGCCGGACCUUCUACCUGCAGCUCCUGGCGCCGCCCGCCCAGCUGGAGCAACUCUUCGGGCAGUGGGUGCGACUGCUAUACCGCCUGCGCUACCAGCAGCCCGGCGCCCGGGCCAGGUGAUAUUCAAACCCCCCGGGGAGGAAAAGGUGGAACAGGGCAGGCGCCCCCCCCGGAAACCACACACACAGGACUGGGGGUGGGCGGAGCCUCGUACCCCUCCCCCGAGGGUGAACCCUAAGACGCAGCAGCCCCCCAAUAAAAGGUGAGGAUCCA